UAAAGACAAACCAGGGUCGACAGCGUCAGCUACCUCGCACGAAUACGAAAAAGACACCAUGAAACUGAGACUUCUCCUUUUCUUGGGAUUGUUCCUCCACCUGGCCUACACUGAAACAACGGAGGACACUACUGAGGACACAACUGAGGACCACACCGAGGAUACGACGGAGGACACAACUGAGGACGACACCGAGGACACGACUGAAGACACAACUGAAGACACUACUGAAUCUGAUGAUGAUGUCACCGACGAUACAACGUUCCCAACAAAGACACAUCUAGGUGACCCCGACCUCUCUGAAGAAAUGUAUGAACUGGAGAUGAAGUAAACGCAACAUUCCGCGACUGCGGCAGCAACAUUUGUCACCGUCUACUGGAAAUAGUUGUUUCUUAUGAUGCGCCAUGCUGCUUCCUUUCUCUACAUUAUCAAUAAAGUUCAUGUAUACCAA